AGAAUAGAAAAUUUCACUCGAGAAGCUCAUCGUCUAGAGACUAGAUAAAGCAACAGCCCCUUCACCAGUUUUAGCAACCACUGCCCAGCAAUCACGAAUAGCCUCCCUCCCAGCUUUCUUAACCAUGUCCACCCCCGGCGUGCACAUCGUCGUUUAUCCCUACCCAACCGCGGGCCACAUUAUACCCAUCCUCGACCUCACCCAGCGGUUACUCACCCGCGGCCUAACCGUCACUGUUUUAGUCACCACCAAUAACCUCCCUUUGCUGGACCCGUACAUCUCCUCCCACCCAUCUUCUCUCAACCACUUGGUCCUCCCCGCCCCUGAUAUUGCGCCUCCCCAACAAAACAGGUUCCUCGCUAACAUGCGCGCCCUGCGUGACCUUCACUAUCCUAUCCUCCUCCAGUGGUUCCAAUCCCAUUCCUCGCCGCCUGUGGCUAUUCUCUCAGAUUUCUUCCUCGGCUGGACCCACCACCUCGCGUGUGAGCUCGGCGUACCGCGUCUCGUCUUCUCUCCCUCCGGUGCCUUUGGGAUGUCGGUGGCUUUUUCCAUGUGUCGCGACCCACCGAAGAACGAUGAUCCAGAGAACAUCGACUUCCUAGUUUCGCUUCCGAGAAUCCCGAGUUCCCCUGUUUACCCUUGGUGGCAGGUCCCCCAGCAGUAUAGAGUCGGUGUAGAAGGAGACCCAGAUUGGGAAUUUUACAAAAAGAACAUGCUGGCCAAUACGGCGAGUUGGGGAUUGGUGUUUAACUCAUUCACGGAGUUGGAACGCGUUUACUUUGACCAUUUGAAGAGAGAAGUAGGGCAUGAUCGGGUGUGGGCCGUGGGACCUGUGUUGCCUCCGGAUGACGGUGAUUUGGAGCAACCGGCCAAUAGAGGUGGGGCCAUCUCUGUGCCAUGUCAUGAGGUCAUGUCGUGGCUGGAGUCUCGUCCCGUCAACUCGGUUGUCUACGUUUGCUUUGGGAGCCAUGCAGUGUUGAAUAGUAAGCAAAUGGAUGUGGUGGCCGCUGCGCUGGAAGUUAGCGGCGUCCAGUUCAUUAUGUGCGUGGGGGAGCCCGCUGGGCAGCAGCAGCACGCGAGUGACGACCACGGCGUGAUUCCUGGUGGGUUCGAAGAUCGCGUGGACGGCAGGGGUUUAGUGAUCAAGGGGUGGGCUCCGCAGGUCGCCAUUCUGAGGCACCGAGCCGUGGGUGCGUUCCUGACUCACUGCGGGUGGAACUCGGUGUUGGAAGGGAUUGCGGCGGGCGUUGUGAUGCUGACGUGGCCGAUGGGUGCGGAGCAGUUCACGAAUUCCAGGUUGCUGGUGGAGCAGUUAGGGGUGGGAAUCCCGGUUGGUGGGGGCCGUCAGAACAUACCGGAGUCCACCGAGUUGGCUCGACUGUUGGGAAUCUCGGUUGGGGGAGGUAGGCCAGAGAGGGUCCGAGCCAAAGAGCUGAGUGAUGCGGCCCUCACUGCCGGCAGAGGGGGUAGUUCACAUCAAGCUUUGGACGAGAUAGCGAAGCUGUUAGCAGAUUAUAGAAAGUAAUUAGAGCGAGCAUGAUAUAAUCCAGUUUCAGAUCUCGGGUUCGAGGCUUCACACGAACACUUUUUCAUCUUUCUUUCUAGCGGUUUCUUCCUCUCCUUUCCGCCAUCAUCUGCAGCUCCCUGGUACUCUCUCUCUCUCUUGUUGGAUUGGCUACGCCUCCGAACUUUUUCUCAGCGCUACAGUCAGAACUAUGGAAAUCCAAUCGGACGGCAACGAAGACAGCUAGAGCCAAGAGGUGGGUAUUGGGCUGGAAAGUGUGGUGACUCUCAACACAGAAAUUACUUGCAUAGGAGUAAGAUUAAAUUCAGAGUUUACUAAUUUAAUUAAUGCAUGAUUAUUUAGACUUCAUGUAAUAAAAAUUCCUAAAAUCAUGUUUAUGAAUAUGGCCACAAGUAUGCGAAUGGUUUAAUUUUACUCUUGGUUCUUUUU